CCGUCCCCCACCCCAGCCCCGCCACCGCCGUCGUGUCCGCCCCGUCGCGCCCCGCCAUGGCCGCUCGCUGCCUCCGCGUCGCACCGGCGCUAAGUCGCCUGUCUCUGUGCCCGGCCCCGGCCACCGCCGUGGGGCAGCGGCGACACUAUGCUGACAAGCGGAUCAAAGUGGCCAACCCGGUGGUGGAGAUGGAUGGGGACGAGAUGACACGGAUCAUCUGGGCCUUCAUCAAGGAGAAGCUCAUCCUGCCCAACGUGGACGUCCAGCUUAAGUAUUUUGACCUGGGUCUGCCACACCGGGACAAGACCGAUGACCAGGUCACCAUCGACUCGGCGCUGGCCACCCAGAAGUACAGCGUGGCUGUCAAGUGUGCCACCAUCACUCCGGAUGAAGCCAGGGUGGAAGAGUUCAAGCUGAAGAAAAUGUGGAAGAGCCCCAACGGCACCAUCCGAAACAUCCUGGGGGGGACGGUGUUCCGCGAGCCCAUCAUCUGCAAGAACAUCCCGCGCCUGGUGCCCGGCUGGACCAAGCCCAUCACCAUCGGCAGGCAUGCCCACGGCGACCAGUACAAAGCCACCGACUUCGUGGUGGGCAAGUCCGGGACCUUCAAGAUGAUCUUCACGCCGAAGGAUGGCAGCGGGGUGCAGGAGUGGGAGGUGUACAACUUCCCCGGCGGCGGCGUGGGCAUGGGCAUGUACAACACCGACGAGUCCAUCAUGGGCUUCGCUCACAGCUGCUUCCAGUACGCCAUCCAGAAGCGGUGGCCGCUCUACAUGAGCACCAAGAACACCAUCCUGAAGGCCUACGACGGGCGCUUCAAAGACAUCUUCCAGGAGAUCUUCGACAAGCACUACAAGACCGAGUUCGACAAGCUGAAGAUCUGGUACGAGCACCGGCUCAUCGAUGACAUGGUGGCACAGAUGCUGAAGUCCUCCGGGGGCUUUGUCUGGGCGUGCAAGAACUACGAUGGGGAUGUCCAGUCGGACAUCCUGGCCCAAGGCUUCGGCUCCUUGGGGCUGAUGACUUCCGUCCUGGUGUGUCCGGACGGGAAGACCAUCGAGGCCGAGGCAGCCCACGGCACCGUCACCCGCCACUACCGGGAGCACCAGAAGGGCCGACCCACCAGCACCAACCCCAUCGCCAGCAUCUUCGCCUGGACGCGCGGCCUGGAGCACCGGGGCAAGCUGGACAGUAACCCAGACCUCAUCAAGUUUGCACAGACACUGGAGAAGGUCUGUAUCCAGACUGUGGAGAGCGGGACGAUGACGAAGGACCUCGCCGGCUGCAUCCACGGACUCGCCAAUGUGAAGCUGAACGAGCACUUUGUGAACACCAAUGACUUCUUGGACGCCAUCAAGAACAACCUGGACAAGGCCCUGGGCAAGUAGCAGUGUGGCAGGGAGUGUGUGUGAGGGGGUCACCAGGGCCCCCCCACUGUCACCGUCACCCUGAUGGAUGGGCACUCAGCGCUGCCCACUCCCUGGCACAGCCUACCGACAGCCAAAUCAUCCUUGUAAGCACUUUUCUUAUGAGUGUCUGCAAACUUUUCUAGGGGUGAGCAGGGCUGGGGAGAGGGUUGGCAGGGGUGUGGAAACUGCCCUGCACUGAUUUGUGUACCUCCCAGCUCGUUGUGCCAGCAGCCAUUAAACACCUCCCCAGCCCCCAGCACGUUGUGGUGGUGGUGGCACGGUUCUUGGGGCAUGGGCACAGGGGUAGUGCCAGCCUCAGGAGGCAGCCAGUGGCUAAAGCAAAGGUGUUUAUUGGAAUUAUUGCUCAUUUUGCUCUGCAAAAAAAUGACCAAAACACAGCAGGGCUCUGCAGGAGAGGAUGUGCUCGGGAGGAACACCAGGGAGCCACGUGGCACUGCUGGCCUGAGAGCCCCUGCCGGUCCCAUGGGGCAGAGCCUGGUGUCACAGCCCCCCCUGGUGCCUCGGCGCUCUGACAGCAGUGAGGCCUCCUCCUCGUGGCCUUGCCCUGCUGUUGGGUGCUGGGACUGAGGUAGUGUCGUGGGGGGGCCUCGCCCCACUGCAGGGGGGGCUCUGGGCUGGCCAGUGCUGCAGCCAGCUCCAUCCUGCCCCAAGGCUAAGGAUUCUGGUGGUCCACAGGUGAUGGCAAGGAUGGGGGUACCUUGCCUGGUGGAGGGAGGUGACUCCCUCUCAUCAGAGCCAGUCUGGAGCUUUUGGGGAUGGGGCAGAUGGUGCCCAGCACCAGGGAGUGUGACAGGAUCUGUGCCCAUGCCUCCCAGGAGAGGCUGGUGCUUGGCGGGACCCUAGUGGUGUGAGUGAGGCUGUGUGUGCUGCCCAGCCCCCUGCCCCACAGCUAGAAGCGUGCAGAGCCAGGAGGGUGGUCCCAGGUCUCCCAGUGCUGCCCCAGCUCCUUGCUUCCCCCACUACCAGGAGCAGAGGAGGCAGAGACUCCCACCCCCAAAAGGGCUGCUUAAGCCAAAGCCUUGUCCUGAGCUCUUGAGCAGCUCAGGGGGCG